CUAAUAUAAGUUUGUUAAUGUACUUGAGUGUACUGUCAUAAGGUGUAGUGUGCAGUGGCACUGUUGUGUGGAAUCCGUUUUAUUUAUUUUUUGAACAAUAUGGAUAUACAAUUUGUUAAUACUCGAAGAAAAAUAUUAAAUCAUGUUAUUUGUAGUAUUUUAGUAGAAUGUGGUUAUGACACUUGUGACAAACAAGCGUUAGAAACUCUUACAGAGAUGCUUCAGUCUUUUAUCGUGGAAGUUGGGGAAUCUGCAAGAAAUUAUUGCGAACUAUCUGGGAGAACGGAACCCCUAAUCGCAGAUGUUAUAUUGGGGCUAAUAAACAUGGGUAUAAAAUUGGAAAAUUUAGAAAAUUAUGGGAAAAGAACAAAUAGAACAGUUUUACCUCCAUUACAACAACAAACCCAGUCAAAACAAUUAAAUAUUUUACAGGCUGGUGUAAAACAAAGUCAUCCUUCGCAUAUACCAAGUUAUUUACCAGCUUUUCCAGAUCCACAUGCAUACAUCAGAACACCAACACAUAAACAACCAGUAACUGAAUAUGAAGCAAUACGGGAAAAAGCUGCUACACAGAAACGAGAUAUAGAAAGAGCCUUAACAAGGUUCAUUGCAAAAACUGGGGAAACGCAUAGUUUAUUUUUGACAGAUGAUAAUAGUAUGUUUCCUCUAAUUGCUUGUAAACCACAAUUUCCUAGUUAUCUCUCAGCACUUUUACCUCAAGAUCAAAUAUUUGAAACAGACCAAGACUUUCAAUUUGAAUCAACUCCUGUUAAAAAAAAAAAAGAACAGAAAACAGAAGAAAUAGAGGAAGGUGUUAAUGUACCAAAUGAAGAUACAGAACAAACAAGUGAAACUACUGCUCAGCAAGACGGUAUAGAUAAUCCUUACUUACGUCCUGGAAAAAUACCUAAAAAUAAAAUACCAGGUGUUAUAGUUCCUUCACAGCAUUCUAUAAAAAGAGACUCUUUUGUUGAUACUUAAUAAUUUUACAAAUAUCGUAGUCUAUAAUAUUACUAUUAAUAAAAGACAAUAUGUUUCCUGGAAUAUUAAC